AGGGGUUUAGGAUGAUCGUGUUCAAUCCUUGAUGAAUCAAUCUACACCAAAGAGAAAGUGAAACAUUGUGUUCAAUGGGUGGUGAUGAAAAUCUUCCUGACAAGCCUCUGGAUGAGAAGGUUUCAUUGGAUUUGACUUGUGGUAAGGAGGAGAUUUUGGAAGAGCUUAGGAUUUGUUUGCCCAAAUGGGUUACACAAGAACAAGUAACAGAUAUGAUUAGAGGGACAUGUAGGAAUAUAGUUGAAAUUGUUGAUAAUUUUUAUGAGCACGAGACUAAAUUCUAUGAGCAAGUCUCUGCUGUUAUAUCUUUCACGUCUAGAGAUGGGAUUGGUUCGUGUAACCACGAAGCACUUGUUUCGAAUCUGGAGUUUAUUCACUGUGAAACCGAGCGGAGUGAAAGUUGUCAGCCAUCGCAGUUUCACAAGCUUAAGAGCAUGAGUAGUUCUCAGAAGAGCAGCAUUUCUCCUGUGAAGAGGAAGAGAAAGAUAAAAGGUAAACCAAAGAAGAAAGGGAAAGCUUGUUCUAAGGUAGAAUCUGUAGGCCCAAAGCAAGCUUCAAUAACUAAAUUCUUCAACAAAGUUCCUUCAGAUGAAAGUGAAACCAAGGCUUAGGAGGCUGAAGAAGCCUAUUUGGAAGUAAUAUGGUGAGCUGUUUCUGCCAAUGCUAAUAGAGGGAUGAACUGUUG